CACAGGACAGGAUUAGAUACAGCAGCUCGCCGGGCAGUAUCACAGGACAGGAUUAGAUACAGCAGCUCGCCGGCCAGUAUCACAGGACAGGAUUAGAUACAGCAGCUCGCCGGGCAGUAUCGCACAUGUCCGGCUUGGAUACCCGGCUGCAGGGUCCGCCCAGGCCUCUCUUCCUCCUCCCGCUUUCUGGGGGUCUCUGGCCGCCAUGUCUCAGGCUCCGGUGCAGUCGGGGGGCUCCGAGCUCCUUCACGGGGGCCCCUCGGCUCUCCCUGUAGCCCUCAGGAGCCUCAUCAACAGCGCGCAGUUCAGUGACGUCUCGUUCGUGGUGGGCCGGCAGCGGCAGGUGGUCCACGCCCAUCGAUGUAUCCUGACGUGCCGCUGUAAGGUCUUCCACACCAUGUUCAGCCGCCAGCCCCCCCAGGACGCUCCGGUCCCCUUCGUUUUGGCGGACGUGCAGCCCGAGGUCUUCCUGGCGGUCAUAGAGUUCAUCUACACCAACAGCGUGACCCUUGACCGCCUGAUCGCGCUGGAAGUUCUGACCGCUGCUGUGGAGUACGGGCUCACGGACCUGAGAAAGCUUUGCGUGGAUUUCAUCAGUCGGACGCUGACGGUGGACGUGGCCAGCGAAGCUUUACAGGCGGCCGUCACUUAUGGUCAGAGCGACUUGCGGCAGAAGUGCCUGGCGUUCAUAGAGCGCCAUACUGAGGAAGUGGUUAAGGCGCAGAGUUUCCGGGAGCUCUCCGACCUGGGAAUAGUCAGUAUUCUGCAGAGCGACCGGCUGGCGAUCGAUGAGGUUCCUCUUAUCCAGGCGGUCCGGGAGUGGGCGUACGUCAGCUCGGCGGUCCUGGAUGUGCCGGUGUCCGCGGUCGCUCAGGGCGCAGUGAGGGAGCUGCGCCUCCUCCUCCUGUCACCGGACGAGCUCGCCACUCUAGAGAGGGAAAACGCCAAAGACGACCUCAUCCCGGAGAUGCAGAUCGCGCAGGCCUGGAGAUUUCACGCCCUGAAGAAAGUCAGCGACUCCCACCCCCAUCAUUUCCAGCGGAGGAGAGGGACCCUCGUGAGGGAGCAUCACCGUUACCUGGACCCGCCCUCAAAGGGAUAGAGAGCGUCAGCUCUUGGGACCAAAGGAAGAAGAAAGUGACAGCCGGGCAAGGAAUGGGGUGUAGAGGGAGACCUCGCCCAGAACGGGGCAUCGGCCCGGAUAUAAUAGGAGUAACCCCCUGCUGUAAGCCCCACCACGCACCCUUUGUGGCCCAUCACCCGUUUUAGGGCGUUUCUUCUUCCUGACCAAUCAGAGAGCAGACACGAAGGUUACUCCGACCGUGGCAGCCUGAACAUGUGACUCGUGGCAGCCAAUCGCAUUCCUGCGGCUCUAAUGCAGGUAGGAGAUAAAAGCAGUGAUCUGAUUGGCUGUUAGGGCAGUUACUGCUCCCAUCAUCCACCAGUCCGCCGCCGCGUCUCUGGAGGUUCAUGACCCGUAGGAAACGGUUCGGCAGGAUUUCCCCUUUUUCGAUGCUUCAGUCUGAUUUUCCUGACCUUUGUACAGAUUUUCUGCCUCUGGAUGUGACUGUAAAUCUUCAAUUCACUGACAGCAAACAAUGAUCUGAAAAAUGAAGGAAUGGGAAACAAAUAUCAGCCAAAAGCAAAGCAGGCCUGCGGGCGUGCAAGAUGAACCCUGCCCCAGAGGGCCCCACCCCCACUAUAACAGUUACUGAUAAGAGCGUUUAUGAGGCGCCAGGUGCCUCUAUACAAGGUCAAACAUGAGAUGUGUUAUAGAGAGUCCCCCGCAGGUCACAGUCAGAACUGCAGCGCAAAUAGUUUAUAGAAUACUGAGCAAUGGCCCCGCAGGGAUCGAAAAGGUUAAUGAGCUCAGAGGUGACAGUUACAAUCCCUGGAGCCGGGUACAAAGAUCUGUGGGUGAAGAUGGGGAAUCCCUGGGUAGAGUCCCCCCUCCAUGUGUGGAACGUAAUGACUCAGCCCCAGCAGUCUCUAUGCCAAGGAACGGUCCAUAAUCUGUACUGAAGGGGGGGGGAGUGGGGGCGCCCUGUGAGCCAGAAACACUGUGCAUGUGCUGACACCUGCUGGACACAACGGAGAGGUGCAAGCACAGGGAGUCUGGAGGGUCAGUGCACCGAUCCAAUGUUAUUUACACCAUGUAUACU